AAUGGGUAGGAGAAAGAUUAAGAUGGAGAAAGUGCAAGACACAAACACAAAGCAAGUAACGUUUUCGAAACGUAGAUUGGGUUUGUUCAAGAAAGCGAGUGAGCUUGCCACUUUGUGCAACGCCGAGGUUGGUAUUGUUGUCUUUUCUCCUGGAAACAAGCCUUACUCCUUCGGGAAACCGAAUUUUGAUUUGAUUGCAGAGCGUUUUAUGAACGAAUCCGAAGAUUCAGACAGCUGUGAAAGAUCAGGCUAUAGAAGAGGCAACAGAGCUAGACAAGAGAAGAUGAUAUGCAAACGUCUCAACUCCAUCAUCGAAGAAGCUGAAGCUGAGAAGAAACGAGGCGAAAAUCUUCAGAUUUGGCUUGAAACUGCUGGAGAAGAGAGGUUUAACAGACCUAUUGAGGAUCUUACUCUUGAGGAGCUCAAGGAAUUUGAAGCUAAGAUGGAGAGGAUGCAUGGUGGGAUCCAAGGUAACAUUAAUCAUAUGCGAGCUUCGUCUUCUCUUGUGAUUCUCUCCAAGGAGAAGUAACAGAUUCGUCAUCUCUCAUGUUGCUCGAAUUGAGAACUUUCAUUUCGUAUUGUUGAUCUGUCAUUUUUUUAAUAUAGUUAUAUGGUAUAAAUGUAAUAACUGGUCGGUACAUGAUACCGAUUGUAUGUCCCUAUUGGUUGUAACUUUCGGUAUGUUGCAGACAUUGCAACUAUAUAAGAAA